AGGAAAGAUAACUCUAACAUUUUGCCACCUUGCACUGAUGACAAUGUUUGACACUUGGACAGCCAACAUGGUCAUUGUCAUAGGAGUUGCUGCUCAAUGAAUUCCAUCUCUUCCAGGUAAUAACAUGUUCCAGCCAUGCUUGUGAGAUCAUUUGAAUUUUAUAAUCAGAUGCAAUGGACUUUAAAGAUUGGUUGGAAUCAACCAAGGGCAGAUUUUCAAGUUUAUGUGACCAGGAGAAGACGGAGACCCUACAACACUUAUUAGAACUAUGUGGUUCAGAACAAUUGUCCUUCUUAGUACAGGUGUACUUACCUACUACCUGCCAGGUUGAUUUCUUUGCAGUUCUGCCAAAUGAACUGUCACAUAAAAUCAUCAAUUAUUUAGAUGUAUCAUCAGCAUUCAAUUCUAGAUUAGUAAACAGAACUUGGAAUAGAUUAGUAACAGACUGUAUCUCUCUCUGGUCCCGUCUGAUUUGGGAGGCAGGGAUGAGACAACCUCUAAAGAUAACAAGGAACCAUGUUCAUACACUGGCAAAGAGAAUCAGUAGAAACAGACAUAUGGCAGACAGAAAAUCUAUAAGAGAGGAGAUAGUCAAGGCUGCUAAUGUUAAUGUUACCUAUCUGUAUCUCAAUGGAAACAUGCUAGCAAUUGGUGGAGAAGACAGAUUUGUUUAUAUAUGGAACAUCAGAGUAAAUGAACUGGAGAAAGUGAUAGCAGCUCAUAGUAUUGCUGAUCUGAACUUUGACAAGGAAUACCUAUAUACUGCUUCUUAUGAUAAUUCUGCUGCUGUGUGGAGCUUUGCUACUGAGAGCAUGUACUGUUUGUAUGCAGGUCACAUUAACGGUGUGAUGAGUAUCGAUGUAAAUAGGGAAGAUAAUCUUGUUUUGACUGGAUCAGCUGAUUACACGGUUAAAGUCUGGGAUUUCCAUAGUGGUCACAUGCUGAAUUCUUUUUCAAAUAUCCAUUUUGGAUGGGUAAAAAAAGUAAAGUUUUUAGAAAAAUUAAAAGGCGAUAGACAUUUAGUAAUAUCAUCAGAUACAAAAGGGAAUAUAUUCAUAUGGACUUUCCAGUUUGAACAUAACUGGUCGAAUGAAGUUGAUAUCUUAAAACACCUUCAGAGCUUUGUUUCACCGAUAAUCUUUGAUGACAAAACUUUCUGUGUUGUAUUGAAAUCUGCUGAGUCAACAAAAUGUACUGAUGAAAGUAUAAAUUAUUUUUCUAUAGAAAAUUUAGAUACAAGACCAACAUUUAAGUUGUUAAAGAGCAAACGUAUCAGAAAUAUUAAGGAUAAACUGUUGAUUGAUGCUGGUCGUCGAUUUGCUGUUUUCAUGGUGAAUGAAUUGGAUGCUAUCAAUUUACAGACAUAUUUUUAUAUUUAUGACAUAGAUAGGGAGGAUAUAUUACAGAGAAUUCAAGUUCCUAAAGAUAGAUGUGAGGGGGUUGCUCCAGUUCCUAUCCUUGGAGAUCGUGAUUGGCUAGAUGGAUUUACUGACAAUAACCAACCAAAUCUAUUAUUUAUAUCUGUAGAAAGACAAUUUGUGACAUUACAUUAUCUUAGCCAUAAUAAUAAAGUGUGAUUUUAUAUUUUAUAAAUACUCCAUAUUUUCUAUCCUGACCAUAGCAUUCAAAUGUUUAUGGAAAACUCUUGGUUAUCCCUAAAACAGCUGUAUGAGUGUAGUUUAAGCUAAUGCAAACACAGGACUUGUACGAGAAUCAUGCGAAGUUGAUGUUGUCACAAUUAGUUGUUUGGGUCAAUUAGACCCAUCAUGUUGAUGAUAUGUCCAUAACAUCUUUAGUUCGGCUUCAUUGGAAUAAACAGUUGCUGUGUUACAUAAAAGUUUAUCCUUUAUUAUUUUCUACAUAAUUUAGGCUGUUAGUUUUCUCAUUUAACUGUUUUAUUUACAGUUAUUUCAGGGUCUUUUAUAGCUGACUAUGUGGUAUGGGCUUUGUUCAUUUUUGGAGGUUAUACUGUGACCCAUAGUUUUGAAUUUCUGUGUCAUUUUGGUCUCUUGUUGAGAGAUUUCUCAUUUGGCAAUCAUACAACAACAUCUUUUUUAUAUGAUCUAAAUUUUGAAAGUUAGUGGGAGGAAUUCCAGAAUCUAAAACAUUAAAGACUUGUGAAGAUGAAUACAGGCAUUUUCAGGCAUAUUUAGUUUCAUAUUUUGCAGGGAAAAAAUUGACAUCAAUGUCCAAUUAAGAUAUGCUAUCCAAUGAAAAGAUUUCAGCCAGCCACAAUUGUUUUCCAUGGAAAAUUUAAGUUAAAUACUGAUGCAUUUAAAUACAGCAAAAUGACAUUGAUUAUGGUAUGGUUUAUGUGCUUGCCCAAGAAUUUGGUCAGUGGUUGUAAUUUUUUUUCCAUCUCUUUAUGAUGUCAAAAAUUGUGUAGUGUUUGUUUAAUUCUCAUACAAUUUGUCAAAACUUAUGUAUGAGGGCGUCAACCAUAGUUUUAACUUUUAAUAGGCAAUUGUCCAUAUUUACAGGCCAAAAAAGAGGCGUAUUCUGGGAAAUUUCUAGACUAGUGAAAGCUGAUCUGUUUUUGAAAACUUCGGUUAUUAAUUUGCAUUGUGGGGGAUAUGGUAAUAGUCUCCUCUCACCUGUCUGUCUGUUUGUCUGAAACACAUAAAUACUCUGACCAUGUGACAGAAUUUCACAAACUUAAUAGAAUACACCAUAUCUCCAUUCCUGCUUGACCUGAGAAUUUCUCCCGCUUGAACAUUUCACUUUUCCAUUGUGGUGUCAGAUAUUUUCUGUAAUGACGACAUGAUUUUACGGAAACAUUUGUGAUGUCCAGUAAUGAACAAAUAGCAAUUAGGUUUAUUAGAAGAAUUAUUUGUAGUCUUAGUUUCUUGACAGUGGUGUAUAAUUUUUUAAAAGAGUUAUGGGACUUUGAUCAUAUUUUGGAAUAUUUUGACAAAACAUCUUGUGAACAUAACCCUUUUGAGACCAUUGACAGAAUACUCUCAUACAAUGUACUGGGUACUAUUUUUACCAUCAAAAGUAGUUGGCCACUUGGUAACACCUUUUUGAUUCAACAAUGUUGAGGGAAUUUAUGGAACUUUUACCUUUUUUCUAGUUUUGUAACACUAUAAAAUUGAGAAUGGAAAUUCAUGUGAAAGGAACUUCUUUCUUUGACUCAAUUGUCACAUAUCAUCAUGACCUGCAUAUGAUCACAAACUUUGACCUCAAGGUCAAAAUAAUUGAUAUAUGUCAAUGGAAUAUAAAAACAAGAGUUGACGAUUUAUUGUCUCACCUGCAAAGAAAAUCACAGAAAAUGAAUUUCAGUGCCGAUGGUUACUUACUGUAAAAUAUAUUUUGGUUGAAAAAUUUUAGUUUCCUUUUCAAAAACAGAUUACUUCAAUAUUUCCAAUAUAUUUUUUUGUGCCGCCUGCAACUUUUGAUGCAAAAGGGAGACAGUGCUCCUGCAUUCUGUCAUCCAGGUAGACAACUUCCUCAAAUAUUCAGUCUGUGGUUAAUGUUUUUUUGAAAUUUCAAUAACUUUCUUAAACUAUCCUGGAUUUCUACCAAACUUGGACAGAAGCUUGUUAAUGAUCAUAGAAUAGUAUCCAGAAGUAAAUUUUGUAAAAAAACAAAUUAAAAAUCCUGUAGUUCUGUAUUUUACUUAUUUAUAAAUGGACUUAGUUAUACUGCCAGUUAACAUUGCAUUCAAAAAGGGUUAAAGUUCUAAACAUUUUAAUAACUAUUUUAAACAAUUUCUUGGAAGGAGAAAAUGUUAAAAGCAUUUCUUUAAUAUAAGCAAUGAAAACUGACAGUUAAUUCUGCUUUUUUCAGGUUUCUUUUAAAAAAAACAGGAAAACAUCGUAUUGUUGACACUUUGUAUUAAAAUACAGUGCCUUGUUUGAGUUUGAGUUUAUGUUAGUCUUAAAAUAUUGUUCUUUAUUC